GGCGCCCGUCGAGGCGGCGGAGCGGGAGCGAGGGGAGUUCGGCGAGGCUCGCGACGCCAUUUUGUUUUUCAAAAGUUGAGCCGUUAAAAGCCGUUAAAAGUCGUCGAAUCGCCUCAGAGUCGGACUGAAAAGCGGCGGCGGCGAGAGAUAUCGACGUCCCGUGUCGUCUCCGAGGCAAAGGGGGGAGAAAAAGCCGCGUUAUCCGGCCGUGAGGGGGAGUUUUCGUCUUCCCCCCUCACUCGAGGCGCUGAGAGAGGGGGAAAAAAAAAGUCUUCCCGCCUAAACUCGCCGACCUCGCCGACUCGCCGCCACGGAACCGACCGCCGCCAUGAGCGCGAUGGACGUGAAGAAGCUCAAAGUCGCCGAGCUCCGCCAGGAGCUGCAGCGGCGCGGCCUCGACACCCGAGGCCUCAAGGCCGACCUGGCGCUGCGGCUGCAGGAGUCGCUCGACUCCGACCUCUUGUCCGAGGAAGGCGGCGGCGGCGAGGGGCCGACUAGGCCCGGCCUGAUGAUGGCGGCGGCCAGAGGGGGCGACGGAGACGAUGCCCUGGACGAUGAGGACGAGGAGGAGGAGGAGGAGGAAGAAGAGGAGGAGGAGGAGGGUGAAGAGGAGGAGGACAAGCUGCUGGCGGAGGAUGAGGAGGAGGAGGAGCAGGUCGGCGGCGCGGCCGUGGAUGCUGUGCGGCCUACCGAGCAAGGCCACAACAGCAGCCGCGGUGUAACGUACUCACACGACGCCGGCAGGACGGCUCAGGCUCAGGGGCCGGAGCAGGAGCAGCUGGCGGCGGCCAAGGCCCAGGCCCCGGCCCAGGCGAGCGGGGAGGGGGCGAGAGGAGAGGCCGACGGCGCCCACCUGGGCCUUCAGGAGGCGGGGGAGGAGGAGGAGGAGGAGGCGCCCGGGCAUCAGGCAGCCAGAGAGCGCAGCGGCGAGGCCCAGCCGCACAACGGCCAGGCCAGCGAGCAGCCGCGGGCCGGCGGGGAGCUGGAGAAGGUGGAGCCCGAGGCCCAGGAGGAGAUGGAGGCCAGCGGCGGCCCGGAGGAGGAGGAGGAGGGGAAAGAGGCCGCGGGGUCUGGAUCAGGGCCAAGGCCUGGGCCCGACGGGGGAGAGGCGGCCGAGGUGGCAUCGUCUGCGGAGGCGGAGGCGGCUGCGGCUGCGUGCGACGGCGGCGGCGGCGCAGGGGAGGAAAACGGCGGCGAGAAAGCUGAGGCCAGCGGCGCGGAGCCUGCAGGAGAUAAACCAAGCAGUGAGACGAAUCUGGGAGAGGGGAGCAGCGAAGCCCGGGGGUCUGAUGGUGAGCGGCGGGGAAAGCGACGUCAUGAGGAGCGUGGCCGAGGUUAUUAUGAAUUCAGGGAGGAGACUUACUACAACCGGGCUCGGUCCCCAUUGACUGUGGUGAAUGAAGAGGCUGAAGAGGAAUUUGACGACAGUUUAGUUUGUCUCGAUGCCUAUCACUCUGAUAUUCACUUUGACAUGACCAAGGAUCGUUAUGGGGGGCAGCCACUCUGUCCCGAGAAGUUUGCUUAUCUGUGGGCCGGAGCUAGGGCCACGUAUGGGGUGGCAAAGGGCAGCGUUUGCUUUGAGAUGGUGGCACAGAAGAUUGCUGUGAAGCCGGUGUUUGAGAACGAAUGUGAAGGACACAUUGUUCGUGUGGGGUGGUCUGUGGAUAGCUCCUCCCUGCAGCUGGGAGAAGAUGAGCUUUCCUAUGGCUAUGAUGGAGUCGGGAGAAAGUGGGAAAAUGCCACGUUUGAGGAAUUUGGAGAGAAGUUUGGUGAGAAUGAUGUGAUCGGGUGUUUUGCGAAUUUCGACGGGGAACAGGUGGAGCUUUCCUUCUCCAAGAAUGGCGAGAGUGUGGGCGUGGCCUUCACCAUCAGCAAGGAGGUGCUUGGUGACCGGGCACUCUUCCCACACGUGUUGACCAAGAACUGCUCGGUGCAGUGCAACUUCGGGCAGAAGGAGGAACCUUUCUUCCCAAUCCCUGAGGAUUACACCUUCAUCCAUACCGUUCCCGUGGAGGACCGUGUCCACGGCUCCCCAGGACCCCAAACCAGAGCCGACUGCGAGGUGAUAAUGAUGGUUGGGAUGCCUGGCUCGGGUAAGACUACCUGGGUGAAGAAACACGUAGCGGAGAACCCAGAGAAGAGGUACAGCGUGCUAGGAACCAACAACAUCCUGGACAAGAUGAGGGUAAAGGGGCUGGAGGGCCAGCCCACCCUGACAGAGCCCAAGCACGUGCUCAUCCAGCAGGCCACGCAGUGUAUGAGCAAGAUGAUUCAGGUCGCUGCCUGCAAGAAACGCAAUUACAUCCUCGAUCAGAGCAAUGUGUACAGCUCGGCCCAGAGGAGGAAGCUGGUCCCCUUCAAGGGGUUUAGCCGCAAAGCGGUGGUGGUCUGCCCGACUGAGGAGGACUGGAAGGCCAGGAUGCAGAUGAAACUGGAGGAGGGAGAAGAUGUCCCUGAUUUUGCAGUGCUGGAGAUGAAAGCGAACUACAACCUCCCCGAGCCGGGUGACUUGCUGGACGAGGUGAUGUAUGUGGAGCUGGAGAAGGAGACAGCGGUCAAGCUGGUGGACAAGUACCGAGACGAGGCCAAAAAAUCCCGGCCUCCGCCUGAGAAACGUCAGGAUCGCCGUAACAGCCGCAACCGCAACAACAGGGAACGCAACUAUGGUGGCAAUCGAAUGGGAAGAUGGGACAACAGGAGCUAUGACCGGCCACCCUAUGGCCAGAACUGGCCUGCUGCAGCCUACGGCAACCAUCCUGCCUAUAGAGAGGAUUACCACAAGACUUAUGAUCGGUACAGGCAGCAGCAGCAGUACGAGCGAGCCUACGGGCAGGGGCAGGCCUAUGACUACCACAGAUACCGAGAUUACUACCGGGAUUACGCUCGUGAGGCAAACGCAGCAGCCAUUCUGCGUCAUCAAGGUGCAACAAACAGCCAAGAGUGGCAGCGUUACUACCAGGAGCGAAAUCGUUACUACAGCAGCUACUACGGUUACCGAUGAGCGGGCUGCGGAGAGAGUGUCACAGCCGGGUCUCAGCAGCCUCCAGCAUAAUUCUCAUUCCAGUGGGGCAGCGGGUGGCUGUGGGCAUUUUACUGCGUUUUGGCAUAGUCUAGAUGUUCUUUGUCUUUCUUUUUUUUUUUUUCCCCCCCCCCUCUCUUUCCAAUUUUUAAAACCAAGUGAAUGCCUGGCUUUAUCAGGGGGCAAUUUGAGCACCCUCCUCACCAGAUAUUACCACAGUAAUUAUACAGAAUGUAUUAAAACAAACAAAAAAGAAAAAAAAAAAAAAAAAAUUCCCGGACAAGAUCCACCCUCGACUCUCUCUAACUGUAAUGUUUUCUGUGCAGGACUCGGCGUGCAACUGUCUGAAAUGGUCGUGGUGGAUGGAGGGCGGCCGGGGAGGGAGGGGGGAAUUCUUUAUUAUCCCCCAUAGAUUGAUUCUCUCUCUCUCUACAUACAUAUAUAUAUAGAGAGAGAGAGAGAGAGAGAGUGGCGCAAUAAAUUGCUAGCUAGCUCACUGCUUUCUGUAGUUGGUAGGAAUAUUUUGAAAGCCCGGGGUUUCAAGUGUUUGUGUGUUCCUUCGGUCCGCGAGAGCCCACCUUCUGUCGUGGCGGGGGACUUGUUUUUGUGAGUGGGGGGGGGUGGGCAGGGAGUACAAUUAACUAACCCCCCAUUGCACAGCACGAGCCACCGGUUGCUCGACAGUUCAGCCGUUCCCCGCGCUGGCGUGAAGUGAAGCGAGGGAAAGGUUUCCGCCCGCGUUUCUCCUCGAGCUCCAGGCUGCAAAACGACACGCAAACAAGAGGCUUCUAACCGUAGCAACCGCCUGUGCCGAGUCCCGUUCCCUCCCCACGCUCUCCUCCGUCACGCCUCCUCACCCGAAGCUGAAAGCCAAGAAAACACGAGACCCCCACACCCCGACCCCCCCCCCAUCACCCACACGCAUUCUUCCAUAACAACUUCUAUUUAUAUAGCUCCCCUUCACGCACGGUAACAUCCUAGAGUGCUUCACAAAGAAUUGACGUGUGUCUCCCCGCUCAAAAAAAGCUUCCAUUCGUUCCCUCGCCCCGUCUUCCCCCAGUUUGUCUUGUGGGUUUUCA